UGCUUCCGGAAGCGUUCCACGUUCCACCCGACUGUGUGUGUGAGAGAGUGUGUGAGUGUGUGUAUGAAUCCAGCUUCCUGAGCUCUGUCUCUGUCAGAGAGCCUCAGCACCAUGUUGGUCCUCAUUAACCGGCUCCUGGACUGGUUCCGCGCUCUGUUCUGGAAGGAGGAGAUGGAGCUCACACUCGUCGGGUUACAAUAUUCAGGGAAAACCACCUUCGUCAACGUGAUCGCGUCGGGUGAGUUCAGUGAGGACAUGAUCCCCACGGUGGGCUUCAACAUGAGGAAGGUCACCAAAGGCAAUGUCACAAUAAAGGUUUGGGACAUCGGAGGUCAGCCUCGCUUCAGGAGCAUGUGGGAGAGAUACUGCAGGGGCGUCAACGCUAUCGUCUACAUGGUGGACGCCGCCGACCGGGACAAGAUCGAGCCGUCCAGAAACGAGCUGCACAAUUUAUUAGAGAAACCUCAGCUUCAAGGCAUUCCUGUUCUCAUCCUGGGAAACAAGAGAGACCUUCCUAACGCUCUGGACGAGAAGCAGCUCAUUGAGAAAAUGAACUUGGCAGCGAUCCAGGACCGAGAGAUCUGCUGCUACUCCGUCUCAUGUAAAGAGAAGGACAAUAUAGACAUCACACUGCAGUGGCUUAUUCAGCACUCAAAGUCCCAGAGGAGCUGAGAGGAGAAGUCAUCGGUGUCCUGUGUUCCACCCUGCAGCCCCAUCCUGCCCUCCUCCAGAGUCGUAACCUGCUCUGAACACAGAUCUUUACCCUCAGUCAGCUUCUGCUCCUGCUUUAAGUUUGCAUAAUGCCACUAAAUGUGGGGGUUUUUUUAGGUCAAAAACAGUCCUGUGGUUUUUUUUUUUCUUGGACUCUGUUUUCUAUCUCAAAGCACAACACAGACACUACUGCUCUCUUUGUCUGUAGGUUGAAUGACUCCCUCUGUCUGUCUGUCUGUCUCUCUGUCUCUCUCUCUCUCUGUCUGUCUGUCUGUCUGUCUGUCUGUCUCUCUGUCUCUCUCCCUCUGUCUGUCUGUCUGUCUGUCUGUCUGUCUGUCUCUCUCUCUCUCUCUCUCUCUCUCUCUCUCUCUCUCUCAUAUUUCGUGUCGCACUGUAACCCUUCACCAUAUCUCUCCUCAUCUCGUAUGUCCUCGUCCCUCAGCGUCCGUGAUGCUGUCUGUCACACGUCGGUAUUUGCUCUGGACUCUGAAGGGAAAUUAAACGAUUAAUUUGAUUGGCAACUUGUUAAGAAUGUGGGUUGUUUUUUUUUUUUAAUUAUUUUUAUUUUUUUAUUGAUGUAUUUUAAUUUUUUUGUGGGUGGGAAAUGGACAUUAGAAGUGAUUUUGAAUGUUUUUUUUUUUUUUUUAAACCAUUCUGUUACUUUGCGCCAUGUGCCGAUCGUCAUUGUUCUCUGCAGAAAUUUAAGUGCCUUCUGUGACCAUUCCUGCUUCUGCAUCUGAACCGUGCUGUACUCGCCCGAGCUGGAUGUAAAACUAGUUAACAGACUUUAAACUAGCUUUAAAAACAGGUUUCAGUGUAGUUUCUCCAACGGUCGUAAAGGGUGUCGAGUGAAACCUAUAGGUGUGCUUUGCCUGAACCUCUUUCACAUCUGCAUGAUGGCCAUCAGUGGUUCCUGGUCUCAGCCUUGUUCUUGAUGCAGAUCUGUGCUCGUCCGGGACUCUGGAGGAUCAAUCGCUCUGCGCUCACAUGGCUGUGAAGGAAGCAGGUUGUAAUUACGCCAGUUCCCUUUCACCAUACAAAAGCGUGUCUUCUCCUUUAGCUUUAGCUUCUUUCUGUUCAGCUCCGUUCGCACGACGUUUUGGGCUGAAACAAUUGCAAGAAGCGUCAGCAGCGAGAUAACAUUAGGGCUUGUCGAUGAUUUAAAUCAGACUAUUGGAGAAACCUGAUACCCGGAACCACCGAUGCAGGUCCUGCUUGACACUGAUUGUGAUUAAUACACGGCUUGCUUUCAACGUGCUUUUAAAAAACUUUGCUUCUGUGCCACUUGCAGGUCGAUGUGUAGAAGUAGAUGUGUGUGUAAGACUGUUAUUAGUCCCACAUUUGUGCCCGAAAAGAAUUCUGAUCAGUCUCACUAAACUCUCACCAGACCUGCCCAUGCCAAGAGCAUUCUGACUAAUUCCAGCUGAACCCAAAGGAAGUCUGAACAAUCCUCUUCACUCACAAGGAGGUCUGACCUUUAUUACCCAGUCCCAAAGGGGUUCCUGCCAGUCUCACUGGACCCUAAAGUGUUUAUGUCCAACCCCAGUAGAAUUCUGCCCGAUCCCUUUAGUGUAUUCAGACCAGAGCUAUCAGAAUUCUGCCACAGAAAGUUCAUCUAGGGGUCUGUUUGUUACCCAGAAUAAACAAAGCAGUCGUUUAACCCAGAGUGAAGCUAAACAAUAUGAAGCGGUUCUGAAGGUUGAAGGACAGAACGCUGUAAACGCCUCCUGAUGUACUCUCAUCUUCAUCGCCAUGGCCUUUUUUUUCUAUGUUCGACAUCUUGCACGAAAGUAAAAUGCAGGACUUUUCUGUUGGGUCGUACCGGAUCCCCUUCCUGAUGUUGGAAGUCCACUAGCGUAGAGGACCAAAUAAAACAGCUCUCCAACACGAGAGGUAGAACUUUCUCCUUCUGCAUAACGUAGCGCCACCUACAGGAUCUUCACAGCACCAUGUCACGAAGGCGGACGCUCGCUUCUGGUUCCUACGUGGAGUUUAUGAAUGCUAACACACUUCUUUCUGUACUGCCGUGUGCAUUCGGUACAGUGUCUGUAGAGCAGCAGCCUCAGUGCCACUCGCUUUCAUUUAUCUGGCUUGUGUAUACAGACAGGGACGAACUCCUACUUGGCCAAACCUUCUCAAUGUGGUCAGUACGAGUUUCCUCUCGAGUCGGUGUGUGUGUUAGCGCUGUGCCAUUUCACAUACACACUAACCGCUGCUCUCAGAGCUGUAAAGAUGUACGUACUGGCUUUAUUCUGAUCUGGAUUUAUCAUUGUUCCAUUUGUACGAUUGUGCAAUAAAAGUGUGUCGCCUCUGA